AUGGACGUCGAUAUGAAGAACAAGGACGACGGUGACGACAAGGGGAUCGUGCCCCCCACAAAUGGCGGGGGAAGGGACAGGGAUUAUGACCGUGACAAGGACAGGGAUCCUCGGGAUCGCGACUAUGACCGGGACCGGGACAGGCGGGACAGGGACAAGGAGAGAGACAGAGACCGCGACAGGCGCGACAAUGGGCGCCCAAUAAGACCCAGAGUCGGCGACCACUGGGAGCCAGAAAGGCGCAGUGAUCGUCGUAGGCACUCGCGUACUCGAUCACGCUCGCGUUCGAGGAGGCGGUCGGCGUCUCCACGCAGACGUCGUCGUUCUCGUUCGCGUUCCCGCAGUCGGUCAAGGUCAAGGUCGCGGUCUCGCAGCCGAGACCGCAAGGCAGCAGACCCAUUCGCCCGUUCACUCGGAGGACCCAUGAACGCGGACCAUGAGGAGGCGGUCGAAUUCGCCAAGAUCAGCAAGAGGGAAAACCGCGUCUAUGUCGGCAACCUGAGUUACGACGUGAAAUAUCGUGACCUAAUGGAAUUCAUGAGGGGAGCUGGUGAGGUACUCUUCGCUGAAGUACUGGUGACUCCGACUGGGGUGUCCAAGGGAUGCGGCAUUGUCGAAUUUGCUUCGCAAGAAGACUCCCAGCGCGCCAUCCGUGAACUGUCCGAGCAGCCUCUGCUUGGACGUCCCGUCUUUAUCCGUGAGGACCGUGAAAACGAAGCUCGUUUUGGUGCCACCCCUGUACCAGGAAAAAUUGGAAUGGCGAUGGCUGGUCAAGGGCUCCAUGCCGCACCACCUCCUCGCCCUCCUUCGCAUAACUAUUUUGGUGCGGCCCCCAACCCUGGAAACCAGCUCUAUGUUGGAAAUCUGCCAUAUCAAGCUGGCUGGCAAGACCUCAAGGAUCUUUUCCGCACUGCUGGCAACAUCAUCCGCGCUGAUAUCAACAUCGGUGCUGAUGGACGGCCCAAGGGCUCUGGCACCGUUGUGUUUGAGACACCAAAAGACGCGCAGCAGGCCAUCAGCAUGUACCACGGCUUCGAUUGGUAUGGUCGAACACUUGAAGUCCGAGAGGAUCGCUACGCCGGCCUCGCAGGUUCUGGUUUCAGAGGAGGCUUCCGAGGCGGUCCUCGUGGUCUAGGUCGAGGGCUCCGCGGCGGAGGUCUGCGAGGAGGCUUCCGAGGCGGCUUUGCACAGGCGGGUGGUGGCCGAGAUUUCUCUAACCAGGAACUGUACGCCGACUAUUCUGGUCCUGACCAACAGGGAGCUGCACCUGGAGGAUAUGGGGGCUACGGAGGAGGAGGAGGCGGAGGCUAUGGCGGCGGCGGCGGCGGCGGAUACGCUGAAGGCGAGCCCAGUCAGCAGAUCAUGGUUCGCAACUUGCCUUGGUCAACUGCCAACGAGGACCUUGUGGAGCUAUUUGAGACGACUGGUCAAGUCGAGCUUGCGGAGAUUCUUUUCGAUGGCACCCGUUCGAAGGGAUGUGGCGUCGUCCAAUUUGCGCAAGUGGCCGAAGCUGAGACUGCCAUUGCCAAGUUCCAGCAGUACAUGUACGGAGGAAGACCAUUGGACGUCCGCUUCAAUGACCGCUGGCAUACGUUUACGCCUUCAGCUGCCAAAGGCGGUCAGAUCGCACCUAUGCAAGCCGACGCCAUGUAA